AUGUCCCAUAGCACCCUCAGUGACUUUGAGAUCCUCGGACAAAUUGGCAAGGGAUCAUAUGGAGUGGUAUACAAAUGCAAGAGAAAGCUCGAUAGCAGGGUUUAUGUCCUUAAGGAAAUACGUCUGGCUGGAGCCACGAAGAAGGAGAUAGAGUCCGCAGUCAGCGAAUGCCACAUUUUGGCCCGCAUUGACAGUGACUACGUAGUCCGCUACUUUGACUCCUUCGUCGAGUCCGAGACAGAGACCCUCUGGAUGGUCAUGGAGUACUGUGGAAGCGGAACCCUUCGAAAUCUGAUCACCAGCACCAAGACACGCUUUACGGAAGAAGAAUGCUGGUACUAUAUUUGUCAAAUACUUCUUGGAGUGGCCUCUAUCCAUGCUCUGAAGAUCAUUCACCGCGAUAUUAAGUCCUUAAACAUCUUUCUUGCAGAGAACAGCGAGCCCAUGAAGGACAAACCCUACACAAAAUAUCUGGUAAAGUUGGGGGAUAUGGGCGUAUCUAAGGAGCUUCAGGAGACGCAAGGACUCGCCCAAACCUUAGUUGGCUCUCCGUACUAUCUUAGCCCGGAGAUCUGUCGAAGUGAGAAAUAUAACCAAAAGAGUGAUAUCUGGGCAUUAGGUGUUACUUUCUAUGAGUUGAUGAACAUGGGGAAGCACCCAUUUCUGGCAAAGAACCAGGCCUCGUUAAUCGUCAAGAUUCUAAAGGGGAAGUAUGAAGACCUGCCGGACGACUGCUAUAGCCAAGCACUAAGAGACCUGGUCUACUGGUGUCUACGCAUGAACGCCACAGGAAGGCCUGAUGUUUUUACGCUUUUAGCUCUCCCGAUUGUUAAAGACAAGUUGAAGUUCUUCAAUCUUAAAACCCCCAAGGACAUCGAGUUAUCCAUACAAAAGGCCGAAGAGAGCUUUACCAAGGCUGUCCAGAAGAAGGCAGCGAGCCGCGGAAAGCUGACCUCUAGCGGCAGUGCCACAAACAUAUCAUCUAAGGUGCCGGAUGCUCAGGUGACAACGGAUAUAGUUGAUGUUACAGAUGCAUCUGCAAAGUCCAGCAUCCGCGGACGCGGGAGUGCACAAGCCUCGGUGAAGAUGAACUCUGACUCAGAGGUCAAGCCCCAGUGCAAGAAGCCCAAGGCUCGCUCCGAGAACACACCCGCUCCCCAAGCACACAGCAUCUCCUCUCGUGCCCAAGAACCUGUCUAUAUGGAGGACUUCGACAACGACGGGGAGAAUAACGAGAUGGUCGAGUCUUCAUCUACGCGACCAGAAACGGCUAUCUGCCAGCAAGAGCUUGAGCAGCUCCUUGCUCAGGAUGCCCUCCUUUCCACUGAGCAAAUAGAGGUAUACAACCGCAUCAACUCUUACGGUUUGGAAAAUGCUGUCCGCGACGAGCUCGUACGUUUCUAUAGCUCUGAUAAAGCGAACUCUGAGACAGAAAUAUCCAAGUUCGUUUUUGGCCGAAUUGGUUAUGAUAAGGUAGAACUUACCACUCACUUGAGAGCACACGCAGACAUACUGAAGAAAAGAAAAGAUAUAAAUGCGAAGAUUGUUGAUCUGCUCGGGAGUGUGUCAUAG